GGACCAUCCACAUGGCCUAUCGCGACCCCCCUCCCGGCCCCGGAGGCCACUGCGUGUUCGAGUGGGCCCGCGGGCGACUGUUCGAUGAAGCGGCAGCAGCCAUGUACUUCGAGGUGUGUCAGGAGGCGGGUCCCGCGGUGGUGGUGGCGGUGCGCGGCGCCACGCGCACCCGGCAGGCGCCCGCACCCCUCAGCACGCUGGAGAUGCAGAAGCGAGCCACGGCCAAGCUGCGGUUGAGCGGUGAGCGCAUCAUGAAGCUGGCGGAGGAGCUCUACCAGGCGGGCUUCAUCUCCUACCCGCGUACGGAGACGGACGUGUUCGAUCCGGGCAUGGAUCUGCGGGGUAUCGUGUCGGAGCACGCCAACGACCCGCGCUGGGGCGCCCACGCGCAGCGCAUCCUGUCGGGUGAGCUGUGGCGGCAGCCGCGACCCGGGGGUCACGACGACAAGGCGCACCCGCCCAUCCACCCCACCCGGCACUCCACGGGUGAGAACGACUGGAGCCAUGAGAAGCGGAGCUUGUACGAGUUCGUCGUACGGCACUUCCUGGCUUGCUGCUCCAAGGAUGCGAUUGGCUCCGAAACCCAAGUGGAGGUGGAUUUGGGCGGCGAGCGCUUCCGUACGACGGGUCUUAUGGUUUUGGAGCGCAACUGGCUGGACGUGUAUCCGUACAGCGGUUGGGGCGGCAACGACAACCUGCCGCCGCUGACGCAGGGGCAGAGCUUCGUGCCUUCGGAGCUGAGGCUGAGGGCGGGCACCACCGAGCCCCCUCCGCGGCUGUCCGAACGAGAUCUCAUCGCAAAGAUGGAAGCACACGGCAUCGGCACGGACGCCACCGUGGCGGAGCACAUCCAGAAGCAGCUGGAGCGGGGCUACGCGGAGAAGGACGAGGGGGCGCUCACGUUCUGGCCAACACCGCUUGGUGAGGCCCUGAUCAGCAGCUACUGUCGCAUGGGUCUAGACGACCUAUGGAAGCCCGACCUGCGGGGCAAGAUCGAGGCCAGCAUCCGUGACGUGGCGGCGGGCAGGGUCAGCAGGGAGC